GGGAGAGACAGAGAGAAAGGGGUCGAGUCACAGAAUACAACACAAGGCAAGAUCCUAGGCUAGGCUUUCUGCUAAACCAAUCCAAUGGGUAUCUCUAUGAGCAUAUUUCAGAGCCUUGGACUCACUGGAAUCAAGUCUCUUUCAGCAGAUAAAGUAUUUGAUAAAUAUUUUCCCAGCAAUGAAAUAAAAAACUUUGACGAGUUCCAUAUAAACUUUCUUAAACUUUGCAGUGAUUUUAAUUCAGUAAUGCUUGGGAAGCAUUACAAACCACCAUCAAAUGAAGAUAUUAAGGCUUGCUAUAAGCAGUGGUCUAAUUUGAAAGGUACUGGUGAAAAAGAAGUGCAACGUAAGAACUUGGUGCUUGAUCUCUUGACGAAGAAUGUGAAAGAGAUCAAAACUGGCGAUACAAUCAUCAUGACUGGACUGGUGGUCCCACCCACCUUGAUGGUGUUAAAGAAGUCCAGCCAGAAUGUGCCACAGCUCAAGAGGUUUCGCCUUGAUCUUGUGCCUGAUGUCGUCUUUGUUCCAACUUUCACAAUUGCUGCCCUGUUUACUGUAAAGGCGUUACAGCUCAAACAGGGCAACAAGACCAAGUGAUGAUGGAGUCAUUGGUAGCUGUAAGUUUAAUGUGAAUUUAUUCAAGGAUGCUUGCUUGUUUAUGUAAGCACUUGUUAGUGUAAGCAUGUAAAAUUGAAAUGAUGAUGGCAAGUAAAAA